CCCUACCCCGCUCCAACCUCCCCAUUCUCUCCUCCCCGUUUCUCCCUUGGCUCCAACUUUCUCCGCGCCGUCGCCUUUUCCACACACCCACACCCCCCACCCCAAUCCAAACCCUUCAAAUCUCUCCGAUCCCCUGAUCCCUUUUCGCAUCAGCGCCCCCCAAUCUCUUCCCCGAUCCCCUCCCCGUCUCUCCUCCGAUCUCCAAAAAGGGCGAUGGUGAGGGGAUCAAUUGGGAGGCUCGUGAGCCGAUCUCUCUCGCUUGCGGGGAAAUGGCAACAGCAACAGCUGCGGCGCCUCAACAUCCAUGAGUACCAGGGUGCUGAAUUGAUGAGCAAGUAUGGGAUAAAUGUUCCGAAGGGAGUGGCCGUUUCUUCUGUCGAUGAGGUUAAGGAUACUAUCAAAAGCUUCUUCCCUAACGAAAAUGAGGUUGUUGUGAAGAGCCAAAUUCUUGCUGGUGGAAGAGGAUUGGGAACCUUCAAAAGUGGACUGAAGGGUGGAGUGCAUAUUGUUAAGACUGAGGAGGUGGAAGAUCUAGCAGGUAAAAUGCUGGGCCAGAUUCUUGUCACCAAGCAAACAGGUCCGCAAGGGAAGGUUGUGAGCAAGGUUUACUUGUGUCAGAAGCUGUCACUUGUUAAUGAGAUGUACUUUGCUAUUACGCUUGAUCGGAAAACUGCUGGUCCACUCAUUAUAGCUUGCAGCAAGGGAGGAACUAGCAUUGAAGACCUUGCAGAAAAGUACCCUGAUAUGAUCAUUAAGGUUCCUGUUGAUGUUUUCAAGGGAAUCACAGAUGAAGAUGCUGCUAAAGUUGUUGAUGGUUUGGCACCUAAGGUAGCUGACAGAAAUGCUUGUAUAGAACAAGUGAAAAAGCUGUAUGAACUUUUCUGCAAAUGUGACUGCACAUUAUUAGAGAUAAAUCCGAUGGCUGAGACAUCUGAUAAGCAGCUUGUAGCAGCUGAUGCAAAGUUGAACUUUGAUGAUAAUGCUGCUUUUAGGCAGAAGGAGAUAUUUGCUCUUCGUGAUCCAACUCAAGAAGACCCCAGAGAAGUCGCUGCUGCCAAGGCAGAUUUGAAUUAUAUUGGGUUGGAUGGGGAAAUUGGUUGCAUGGUGAAUGGUGCGGGUCUAGCCAUGGCUACAAUGGACAUUAUAAAAUUGCAUGGAGGGACACCUGCGAAUUUUCUUGAUGUUGGUGGCAACGCAUCUGAAGGCCAGGUGGUGGAAGCAUUUAAGAUACUGACAUCGGAUGACAAAGUUAAGGCAAUUUUGGUGAACAUUUUUGGCGGAAUCAUGAAAUGUGAUGUGAUAGCAAGUGGAAUAGUCAAUGCAGCUAAACAUGUUUCAUUGAAAGUACCUGUGAUCGUUCGCUUGGAAGGCACUAAUGUUGAACAAGGGAAAAGAAUUCUUAAGGAAAGCGGAAUGACCUUGAUCACCGCAGAAGAUUUGGACGAUGCAGCGGAGAAAGCUGUGGAAGCUGCGGGAACUCUCUCCCAGUGACAUUGUUCUCGACAUUCUUUUUUAUAUAUAUAAAGGAAAUCCAUCGCAGUGUUUAGAUUACUGGAGCAACAACUGUGAAAUUUGGCAUUGGAAUUUUGCUUUUUUAGAUCUACUGAAAUCUUGAGAUAGGUUUAUAAUAAAGUAUUGGGGUACAAAUUUUGAGCAACCUACGUCUUCCGCGA